AUGGUGAAGGAAAAAAUGCCUGGCAGUAUAGCUAGUUUCUCAUAUGGAAGCACAGACAACACAUUCUUGUCAAUGACACUCUGCUUCAAGCCUGCUAUAGAAGGAUUCUUGGCUGGAUGUAGGAAAAUCAUUGGAUUGGAUGCUUGCCAUUUAUAUGGGAAGUAUGGUGGUGUGUUACUGGCUGCAACAGGUCUAGAUGACAAGCAGAAGGGGAUUAGUGAAGCUUGUGACAAAUACUUCUACUUGGAUGAGCACAGAUUAUGUUUCAGACAUUUGAUGAAGAAUUUCAAGUCAUACAACUUACACACUCAUUUAUGGAAUGUUGUCAAAUGUUACAAGAAGAGACACUACCAGCAACACAUGGAUAAAUUGUUUGUUGAGGAUGAAAAAGCUGCAUUGUAUCUCCUAGAUCAAAAACCUGAAUGCUGGUUUAGGUCUCAUUUCUCAAAUGAUAGCAAGUGUGAGCACAUUAACAAUAAUUUCUCAGAAUCUUUCAACAACAUGGCAAAGCCCUUCAGGGAUAAGCCUAUCAUUACACUUGCACAAAUGUAUAAUAAACUGGUGAUGGGUCUUUUCUUCAAGAGGAGGAAUGAAAGUGAAAAGUGGCAGGAUGGUCAGAUAGUUCCAAAGGAAAUGAAGCUGAUUACAAAGAUGCAGGACUUAAAUCAUCUGUUUGAGUUGAUUGGAGCAAUAAGGGGAAAGGUGUAUGAGGUCAGGAGUGUUCAUGAUGCUGUGUUUAUUGUGGAUCUUCCCAAAAAGACAUGUAGUUGUUUGCAGUGGCAGCUGAGGGGAUUUCCAUGUCAACAUGUUGUAUGUGCUUUAACACCAUUGAGACCAAACUGGGCUGAUGUGGAAUACUACAAAAAAACAUAUGCUCCAGAGUUUGAACCACUGUCAGCUGAAAUUGACUGGAAUAUACUGGUAGAGUUCAUUAAUCCUCCUGUUAUCAUAAGGAAAACUGGAAGGCCAAGGAAGAAGAGGAUUCCUUCUUAUGAUGAAGAUGGAAGUGUGAAGAAAAUGAGAAAGUGUAAGAAGUGUGGAAUUUAUGGUCAGUAUGCAGUAACUUGUGGUGGUGGAGAGGUUGGAAAGAAUCCAAAGGGCAACAAGCCUAGAACCUGUGUUGAUGGCUCAACAUCAACACCUUAUGUCCCUAAACCAUCAAAAAUAAAGUACAACAGAAAGAAACCAGUUGCUAGUGCUUCUGCAGGUGCAUCUACUACUGCUAAGGAUGGAAUGAAGAACAACAACAGUUCCAAAACAUGUGUUGCUGAAUCUUCUAAACAAGGUGCUGCAAAAUCAGGUCAAGGGAGUAAGAGAAAGGCUUCUUCUCAACCUGCUUUCAAUCAGACUAACAAACAUGUUGGAUCUGUCAACAACAAAGUCACCUUCACAGUUGCAGAUCCAAAGGGAAAGAAGAAACCAAAGAAGUACAUGAAAAUCUGA